CACACACACAUUUUUCAUACCGAAUGCAGCCAGAAAUAGCUGGACCCAUCUUCACCACGUUCUACAUUGAGGUCAAAUACCAAAGGACUCCCACCUGCGAAGAGAGAUCAAAAGACAGAGAUGUAACGAUAGUGGUUCAUGAUACCAUCCUUGUAGAGGCAGAAGGGUUUCGGAGAGAACAAACGACAACAAAAUACGUCUGCGGUUCUGACGCAGCUGCUGGUCUCGGCGCCCUUGAGAACCUGCACUUGGAGGCGCCUCCGGAGGCCGUCGAGGGCUCCGUCAGCGCCUGGGUCUCCGCUUCGUCGAGUUACAUGGCUUUCGUCAAGGAGAAUAUGAAGCGCCUGCUGCCCCACGGCCGAGGCGACGAGGUCAACCUCUUCGACGCCGCGAACGAGUAUAUGCUGGAGGCGAUUGUUAGUCUACAAGAGGGGCAAGAGGCGGGGCUUAUGCAAUUAAUCUCCGAUAACAUUGAAGAAGGAUAUAAACGUCAGCUUGAGUACCGCCUCGAAGACAAUUCUUACACUACUCUGGGCAGCCGCAACAGAUCUGCUUCUUCCUGGAUGACAGCUUACAUCCUGGCAGUCGGUGCAAUCUCUACCAAUUAUAGUGUAUUGCGGGACACCUGGUCCUGGCAAGCGGGUCUUCAAAGAAAGGAGAGCGGAGAUGGCUGUUUUGACUCGGUUGGGAAAGUGUAUGACGACUUGUUGAAGAAAAACAUCUCCGGGAAGGAAUCCAGAGUCCUCAAUACGGCCUAUACGAUGAUAUCGAUGUGUAUCAGUAGCUGGGGGGGGCCGCCGCACCUCGACCCCUUCGGAGCAAGAGACUGCCUCGUCCAGCAUUCCUCAAAGGACCCCUUUAUCCUUGCCAUCAAGGCCUAUGCCAUAUCCUGCGUUCAGCUUCCAGAUGCAAAAGGGAUGCUGAAGGAACUGUUCCUCCAGGCAGUGGAGACCGAGAAAUACAUCUAUUGGGAUUUGCCAGAUGAUGAUGCGGAGAGCAACAUAGAAGAAAUACGGAUAGUAAGUUAUGCAGCUCUUGCUAUUUUGCGCUACCACUAUUCCACCUUUAAGAGCGAACUAGACAAAAUGUCGAGGUGGUUGGUCGAGCAAAUGAACAGCCGCGGUGGAUUCUACUCUGUAUUUGACACAAUGAUGGCUAUGCGGAGUCUCCUCUUCUUUGAAACGCGGCAAAUACAUCAUGACGUGAGUGUGGCAGUCAUGGCAACGAACGUGAACGACACUCUGCACUUCGAGAAGGGGGAUCAGUUCAAGUUUCAAAGGGUUGAUUUCCCUGCUCUUCCCACCCGUGUGAACUUCACUGUGGCGGGAAGCGGCUGUGCGAUCGUCCAGACUGCCGUCCAGUACACCGUAAGCGAACAUUACCAAAGCAGCGCGUUCAGUCUAGCAGUCACGGGCCAAUGGAAUCCUAGCUUUGUCUGCAACAGGCCCCACCAUCUCUCUGUCUGCGUAGCCUCCCCGCACCUCUUCAACAGGACGUCAAACCUUGUCGCCGUUGAGAUAACUCUCGUGUCCGGCUUCGUUCCCCAAGAGGAGGACCUCGAGGAGGUUGUACGUCCCUCCCUGAGCGUCUUCACCCAGUACCGCUACGACAAUACGAGCAAUAAGGUUAUUUUCUACGCCGACGGUCUCACAGCCAAGGAGACCUGCCUGGAAUUCGAGGUCCUUCGCGUGUUCGACUUCGAGGUGACCAAACCAGGGGUCGUUGUGGUCUACGAUUACUAUCAUCCGGAAAUCGCCUUAAGCAAGAGUUAUACGUUAUCGUCUUCAGGCAAAUGUUCCAGUGUCCGGGAGGCAUUAAACACGUUCAGAAAUAAUGCCGCCAGCGAGGGAGGGCAACACCCCCCCGCGGACCCCUUCUCGGUCCGGAUUGACUUGCCUUCACACGCUAAAAAGGGCGAGAUCAUUCCCAUUCGGAUAACCACUGAGAGUCAUCUCGACCAGACUCUGUAUGUAACAUUAAUGCUCGACAACACGACACAAUACGAGAUCGUAGAAGACGCAAGCCAGACGGCCCCGAAAGAGGCAGGAGAGCGAAGCACCUGCUUAGAAGCGCGGGGCACGAACACGGGCGCCUUCAAAAUCAGACCUCUGGUGGCCGAGGUCGUCAACAUAACCGUGGGCGUGAGUGUGCAACUCCAGAGUAACUCAUCCUGCGAAGGCGCCGAUCCAUUUGCAAGUGAUUACAUCUACGUUUCGUUGAUGAACAUCACGGUUGAGUCGGAUGGAUUUACACGAGAAAAGACUUGGGCAAAAUACGCCUGUGGGCCGGACAUACGUAGCGGACAAGACACCUUGCAAGACUGGCGGAUAGAAGCUCCUCCUGGGGCAGUACAAGGUUCUGUUAAGGCUUGGCUCAGAGCUGCGAGCAAUUUCAUGGCUGUAAUAGAACAGAACACAGAACCCCUGCUACUUCACAAUCGAGGAGACAUUGAGGGACUAAAAACAGCAGCCAACAAUUACUUGUACAUAAACUUUAUUGGUUCUAUGCGAUACAGAAAUGAAUCUUACGAUGCUGUUCUGUCAAACGUUAAAGAAGGGAAUCGACACCAAUUGCAACAUCGCCUCGAAGAUGAUUCCUACGCUGUCUUCGGCAAUCGCAACAAAGAAGUCUCUUCUUGGAUGACGUCCUACAUUUUGACUAUCGCUGCCCUUUCAAGUCAGCCCGGCAUAACGCGACCAACUUGGAACUGGCUCAACACCCUCCAAAGAGAUGCAGACAACGAGGAUGGCUGUUUCGAUCAUGUUGGGCAGGUUUACCACGAUGGCUUAAGGAACAAAACGACUGGAGGUAUUUCUCGGGCACUUCUCACGGCCUACACGAUGGUCUCCCUCGGAAUCAGCGCUAGGGAUGGACCGCCGCACAUUAACCCCUUCAGAGCCCGUGAAUGCAUUUUACAGCACAAGUCCACAGACCCCUUCACCCUGGCAAUCAAGGCCCAUGCUCUGGCAGUCACCUACUCUGACGAAAAGAAUAAUGUGCUGAGGGAGCUCUUCAAACAGGCGACCGAUACGGGGGACUACAUUUAUUGGGAUAUACCAAAUGAUAAAUCCGGGACCAACUCAGAAGCCGUGCAGACAGCCAGUUACGUCGCCAUGGCAAUCAUGACAAAUGAAAAUGAUCUGACGUUUAGAGCCGAGUUAGAAAAAGUGAUACGGUGGCUCGCGGCCCAAGCAAAUAGCCGUGGGGGCUUCAACUCUAUAUUCGACACAAUGAUGGGUGUGAGAGCUCUGCUAUAUUACGAGAGGCGAGCCUUCGAGUUCGACGUGGAAGCAAAGGUGAUGGCAGAGGGAGUCGACCGCACUUUAACCUUCAGCAGGGACAAUUUCCGUCGCAUACAGCGUGUGGAUUUCCCGAUUCUUCCUGCCAAUGUUAAGCUCGACGUGUCAGGAAGCGGAUGUGCAUUCUUGCAGGCUGUGGUCCAGUAUAGCGUAAACGACCAUUACAACAGCGGAGACUUCAGUCUGGCCGUCAGCAGCAGCGCGGAUGCGAAGGUCUGCGGAGCGAGUCGCAUCAACGUCUGCACGAGUUACCUCCCGAACAGGCAGUCCAACCUGGUCGCCGUUGAGGUCACCCUCGUAUCGGGUUACACUCCACUCAAGGAGGACCUCGAAGCCCAUGUCAGCAGCGGGAACAGCGCCUUCGCCGAAUACGAAAUUAAGGGCAACAAAGUGGUUUUGUACUCGGCCAGACUUUCAGCCGAGGAGGCGUGCGCGGACUUCGGCGUGGUCCGUGAGCUGGAGGUCGAGGAGGCCAAGCCGGGCGUCGUCGUGGUCUACGACUACUACCAGCCGGAAAUCGCCAAAAGCAGCAGUUACACGAUUUCCCCGGCCAAUGCAUGCACCUAGAACUAGUGACAUAUCGGAUCCUAUCAUUUGCAACAUGAAACAAGAAGGAUUUAAGUGAGCUUCAGGUCCACCUAGCACGGCCUCUGACGUAAUAGUUUAGCUGCAGCCCUUGCGAGGGAGGCUGUGCCGCGGUGACAAGCACUUUGCAUUGCCACGAUUGAAUGACAUAGCGAAAUCUAUCAAAAUGUGGCUGAUAAUAUUUCCAAAUAUUUUACAAUAAAGGCAUAUUGUACA